AUGGAGACUGAGACAAUAUCUUGGGCGUGGAAGAUGGCGAAGCGUCUGUGGCUGAGGCCGAAGAAGCUGGAGAGGCUGCUUAGACAGCGAGGCCUUCAAGGCACCCCGUAUAAGCUUCUCACUGGGGAUUCAACCCAAAUGUUUAAUAUGCUUAUGCAAGCCAAAUCAACCUCUUGUCAUUCUCGCUUGUUUAUUUGUAGGUUUCUACCUACAAGUGAGAUUAAGAGGAUAAAAAAAACAAGAGAUAUGCGAGCUUCACUUAAGGGUAUAAUCAACAAGAGAGAGAAAGCAAUGGAGGGAGGGGAAGCCCCUAAGGAUGAGUUCAUACUUCUGGAGUCAAAUCACAAGGAAAUUGAAGAACAUGGAAAUAACAAGGAUGAUGGCAUGUUUAUUCAAGAUGUGAUUGAGGAAUGCAAGCUUUUCUACUUGGCGGGGCAAGACACUACGUCUGUCCUGCUUGUUUGGACUAUGGUGUUGCUCAGCAGGUACCCUGAUUGGCAAAAACGUGCAAGGGAGGAUGUCUUGAGAGUAUUUGGCGACCAAAAACCAAAUCACCUUAAGAUUUUGACCAUGAUUUUAUAUGAGGUCUUGAGGCUAUACCCACCAGUAUUAUUGCUUGCUAGAAGUGUUUCUAGGGAUAUAAAACUUGGACACCUAAAAACACCUGCAGGAGUGCGUCUUUUUAUAGCAACAGGUUUGUUUCACCAUGAUGGUGAAUUGUGGGGUGACGAUGCAAAGCAAUUCAAUCCAGAGAGGUUUUCAGAAGGAGUUCUAAAGGCAACGAAGGGGCAGGCUUCGUUCAUUCCAUUUGGAUGGGGUCCAAGAAUAUGCAUUGGGAAAAACUUUGCCAUGCUGGAAGCAAAGAUGGCUAUCUCUAUGAUUCUACAACGUUUCUGGUUUGAGCUUUCCCCAACAUAUGCUCAUGCUCCAAUGGACGUGGCUACUCUUAGGCCCCAGUUUGGUGCUCAAAUCAUUUUACAUAAACUGUGA